GUGUCAAAACUCCUAUGUCAAAGGUCUAUCCAAAACGUCUAGGCCGGAAAAUAGAAAACAAAAACAAAAAUAAAUUGAAAAUUAUUAGAAGAACUCACCAUGAUCACAUAUGAAACGGAUGGAGAACGACUGGCUGACACAACCGCUUGCGCUGGUAUCCGAGCGGAUUUGAAAAUGUGUUUAUUAGAGAGUAAUUGCUGUAGGAUCGAUAAAAAAACACCUCGAGAGUGUUUGAAGCAAGGAAACGUCCCCACCGAAUGUCAAGCUCUCCGGAAUACAUUUUUCGAAUGCAAACGAUCGCUGUUAGACAAUAGGACAAGAUUUCGGGGCCAUAAGGGAUACUAAGAGCUGGUUUUUUGUGUCGUACAUUUUACCUGGCAUGUUUCCGAAUCGUUAUCACAUUUUAGAUGCAGAAUGCAAUUAAUUAUUUAGAGAUAAUGCAAUUAAACGGCUGAACGUUGGUUCAGUGAAACUGUAAAAUA